CUGAAACGGUCAUUAACGAGCACUUUUUUCGUCCGUCAUUCGAACGCCGAGCCAGAAUACUCAGAGACGGGAGGCACGGGCUCCUUCUCCUCGUUCAAAGAAGAAGAUUCAUUGAACGUUAUCAGAACUUCUUUAAGUUUUCAUUUUUACUUGGUGUGCGGCCAAUUUCGCGGGAAUUCACGGUUCGGCGGGUGAAAAAUUAGGAUACUCGUAACAAGAGAUACGUCUGUUCUCGCGCGUUGUCCAGCUUUUUGCGACCGGUCUGCUCGAAACCAAGCUACGAUACGUACAAAGGGCCAUUCAGACAGCGUUUCCUCUUCGGGGGCAGUGGACCAUGGCGUCGGUGUUCGUUGGGUCUUGCGGUUAUUGCGUGCAAAACGAGGAGGAGAAGCAGGGGAACCUAUGAUUGGGGUAGUACCUGAACUUGCCCGAGGAUGCUCGAGGUACACAACUCGAAGAAAUUCGAAACGCUCAGCGUGCGCGGCUACCUGUGGAUUCGAGUUCCUAGAAAAUUCGAAAUACGAUGGCAAGCGGAUUCCCAAACACCUGGACAUUCCACGGGGAACCACGCAGUAUUCACUCCCAUCGAUAUCCGUUGCACCUAGAUUCCAAGGCGUUCAAAUACCUAAAUGGCCAAGACUACCGGGUACCUACAUACCGAAACAGGCACAGCCGACACACGUACGCGUCGAAUAUCAUUCCCAGAUAGAUAGAUACAUACAUACAUACGUGCAUAGGUACGUCCAGGUCUCGGACUAACCAUGUACACGGAGAACGCUGUAUCAACAUCGAACAGCUUCGGCAUUCAAGCAUCCAGCCACACGGGAAUCUACAUGCUAAGUGUCUCCAUAUUGUACGAGGGUAUGUAUUUUCCAAAUCUUCGGUAAACAGGUGGAUCAGGGUUAAGUUUGGAUAUUGCAUCGUUCCUCUGCCGCCGUGCUGUUGCUGCUGUCGCGAUAUUAGGCUAACUGGGGAUUCGAAAGGGGACACGUGUAUUCGACGAACACCGAGGCUGAAUAAUUAUUGAAAAUUGACGAAAUGUUCGUGAUUGGAAAAUGUUACAUUAUUUUCAACGACGAUGACAGAGGUGGGAACAUUGUA